UUGAGAUUGGCAUGCGUAAUCUUAUUUUGAAGAAACCUUGCCGGAUGUUUUACUCUUGUAGCGGCAGCUGGGUGGAGACUGUUAAUCAGCUGACCAGGAAAGAACGUUGUUGUGAAGAGAGCUUUUAGGUCAGACAAAGACUAUGGCUCCACAGCGAACACAGACUAUUCUGCCCUUCAGGACAAGCACAACUUCUGAUUGACUCCAGUCCCUGGGUCCCUAACUGCCUGAGCCUCAGCGCUUUUUCAUCAUUCAUUUAUUGAAGUCUCCUUUGUUCUGCCUGUGAAAAUGGGCAGCACAGAACCCGCAGCUAAUAAUCUUAACUCCUCAUAUGUUCCAAACGCGCCUGACGACCUCGACGUGCCUGAAGGCGAGGAAAGCGACGACCAUGAUCCACUUCUGCCCUCACAGCCUUCAGGGCCUGUCGCUGUGCGUUACAGUCCAGAUGAUUCCUACAAUUUGGUGUACAUCAUCUUCUUUCUCAUGGGCAUUGGCUCCCUCCUGCCAUGGAAUUUCUUUGUAACAGCCAAAAGCUACUGGCUCCACAAGCUCAGUAACGCCACUCAUGACGGCGGCGGUGAGGAGCAACAUUCACAGCUCAGUGACUAUUUUGAAAGUUAUAUCUCCAUUGCCUCCACGGUUCCCUCGGUGCUGUGUCUGAUCCUCAACUACUUCUUAGUUAACAGGUUUUCUGCAGACGUGCGGAUCAUCUUUUCUCUGGUUCUGAUCCUGUUGGUGUUUGUGGUGACUACGGUGCUGGUGAAGGUGGACACGACCAAUUACAGGAUGGAGUUCUUUGCUAUUACAAUGGCCAGUGUGGCUGUUGUCAGUGGAGCCUCCAACGUAUUUUCUGGCAGUGUUUUCGGGAUCAGUGGGCAUUUUCCAAUGAGGAUCUCUCAGGCCCUCAUAUCAGGCCAGGCUAUGGGAGGCACCCUGAGUGCGGUUUUUUCAAUCGUGGAAAUGGCAGCAGCUAAGGAUGUGACAGACAGUGCUCUGGCAUAUUUCCUGACAGCUGAUGUCCUCAUCAUACUCUGCAUCAUCACAUAUCUGCUGCUGCCCAAGCUGGAUUUUUCAAGACACUACAUGCAGACAGCAGCCUCCAGUCAUUCGGUGACGAGCCAGGCUGGAGGCACCCAGAGCAGAGCGUCCGUGCCGCCGCUGUCGCCCAUCCUCAGGAAGACGUGGCUGCUCGGCCUGUGUGUCUUCUACGUCUUCUUCAUCUCCAUCACCGUGUUCCCGGCAGUGUCUUCAGGGAUCCAGUCCAUUGACAAAGACAGUGGCAGCCCUUUGACUACAACUUAUUUUGUGCCGCUCACUUGUUUCCUUCUGUACAACGCAGCUGAUUUCUGUGGCAGGCAGGCGACAGCCUGGAUACAGGUCCCAGGUCCAAAAAGCCACAUUCUGCCAGCACUAGUGCUGUGUCGCACCAUCAUAGUCCCACUUUUCAUGCUCUGUAACUUCCAACCAAGGGAGCACCUCCUUACAGUCCCGUUUGCCUAUGAUGUGUAUCCAGUGGUCUUAAACUGCGUCUUGGGCCUCACUAAUGGUUACCUCGGCACUUUACUCAUGAUCUACGGCCCUAAGGUGGUACCACGCGAGCUGGCGGAGGCCACAGGAGUCGUCAUGUCGUUCUUUCUGGCUCUUGGACUGGCUUUUGGAUCUUUAUUCUCUAUGGUGAUUGUACACUGUAUCUGAUUUGGACACCAGACUAACUAAUCAUGCAGCGAUUCAGUGCACGCCCACUGAUGAAGGCUGUUGAACCAAGUACACCGAAGAAAUAUUUGUGCGGAUAAGCUUCUCAUUACCAUUGGUCAUUCCAGGAAGCCUUGAUUCCUUUAUACCUGGCAAGGCAUCAUGUUUACUCUGCUGUGGCUUUAGGGUUGUUUUCUAAGACUUGUCCUUUUACUGAUUGUCCUCAUACAAUGCAACAAAGUUUUAAUUUUAUAAUUGUGUUGCAAAAGACACUUGUGUAGGUUUGUAGUUUGAUAAGUAAAAAUAUUAGAGUUCUACGUUUUACCUUAUUAAAUAAUCAAACACCACAAAUCUUUA